UCCCCGCGCCCGCCAUGGCGCUGCUGGCCGGCUGCUGCCUGCUGCUGCCGCUGCUGCCCCUGCUCGCCGCCGUGGAGGAAACGCUAAUGGACUCCACCACGGCGACGGCAGAGCUGGGCUGGACAGUGCAUCCUCCCUCAGGGUGGGAAGAGGUGAGUGGAUACGACGAGAACAUGAACACGAUCCGGACGUACCAGGUGUGCAACGUCUUUGAGUCCAAUCAGAACAACUGGCUGCGGACCAAGUACAUACGGAGGAGAGGAGCUCACCGCAUUCACGUGGAGAUGAAAUUUUCCGUCCGGGACUGCAGCAGCAUCCCAAAUGUUCCCGGCUCCUGCAAGGAGACCUUCAAUCUCUACUACUUCGAAUCUGACUUUGACUCUGCCACCAAGACCUUUCCCAACUGGAUGGAGAACCCCUGGGCAAAGGUGGACACCAUCGCGGCUGAUGAGAGCUUCUCCCAGGUGGACCUGGGUGGCCGCGUGAUGAAGAUUAACACUGAGGUGCGCAGCUUUGGGCCGGUCUCCAAGAACGGAUUCUAUCUGGCGUUCCAGGACUAUGGGGGCUGCAUGUCCUUAAUUGCUGUCCGGGUCUUCUACCGCAAGUGCCCCCGGGUGAUCCAGAACGGGGCCGUGUUUCAGGAGACGCUCUCGGGAGCAGAGAGCACUUCGCUAGUGGCGGCCAGGGGGUCCUGCAUUACCAACGCAGAGGAGGUGGAUGUCCCCAUCAAGCUGUACUGCAAUGGGGAUGGGGAGUGGCUGGUGCCCAUUGGACGGUGCAUGUGCAAGGCUGGCUACGAAUCGGUGGAGAACGGGACCGUCUGCAGAGGCUGCCCAUCGGGGACGUUCAAGGCCAGCCAAGGGGAUGAAGGGUGCGUUCACUGCCCAAUUAACAGCAGGACAACUUCGGAAGGGGCCACCAACUGUGUGUGCCGAAAUGGAUAUUACCGGGCAGACUCCGACCCCCUGGAUAUGCCAUGCACCACCAUCCCGUCCGCCCCCCAGGCCGUGAUCUCCAGUGUGAACGAGACGUCGCUGAUGCUGGAGUGGACCCCGCCCCGGGACGCCGGGGGCCGCGAGGAUCUGGUAUACAAUAUCAUCUGCAAGAGCUGCGGCUCAGGGCGCGGUGCCUGCACCCGCUGUGGGGACAACGUGCAGUUUUCCCCGCGCCAGCUGGGCCUGACAGAGCCCCGCAUCUACAUCAGCGACCUACUGGCCCACACCCAGUACACUUUUGAAAUCCAGGCCGUGAACGGGGUCACCGACCAGAGCCCCUUCUCCCCGCACUUUGCCUCCGUCAAUAUCACCACCAACCAGGCCGCCCCUUCUGCUGUAUCCAUCAUGCACCAGGUCAGCCGGACGGUGGACAGCAUUACCUUAUCCUGGUCUCAGCCUGACCAGCCCAACGGAGUCAUCCUGGAUUAUGAGCUGCAAUUCUUUGAGAAGGAUCUGAGUGAAUUCAAUGCCACGGCAGUGAAGAGCCCCACCAACACCAUGACUGUGCAGAACCUUAAAGCCGGCACCAUCUACGUCUUCCAGGUGCGGGCACGCACCGUGGCCGGCUACGGCCGCUACAGUGGCAAGAUGUACUUCCAGACCAUGACCGAAGCUGAGUACCAGACCAGCGUCCAGGAGAAGCUGCCACUCAUCAUCGGCUCCUCCGCAGCGGGUCUGGUGUUCCUCAUUGCCGUGGUCGUGAUCAUCAUUGUGUGCAACAGAAGACGGGGCUUCGAGCGAGCCGACUCUGAGUACACUGACAAGCUGCAGCACUAUACCAGUGGCCACAGUACGUACCGCGCACCCGUGCCUGGCCUGGGGGUCCAUUCCUUCUUCGUGACUCCUGGAAUGAAGAUUUACAUUGACCCCUUCACCUAUGAAGACCCCAAUGAGGCCGUCAGGGAAUUUGCAAAGGAAAUCGACAUCUCUUGUGUCAAAAUUGAGCAGGUGAUCGGAGCAGGGGAGUUUGGGGAAGUGUGCAGUGGGCACCUCAAGCUGCCUGGCAAGAGAGAGAUCUUUGUGGCCAUCAAAACGCUGAAGUCGGGUUACACGGAGAAGCAGAGACGGGACUUCCUGAGCGAGGCCAGCAUCAUGGGGCAGUUCGACCACCCCAACGUUAUCCACCUGGAGGGGGUGGUCACCAAGAGCGCCCCUGUCAUGAUCAUCACCGAGUUCAUGGAGAAUGGCUCCCUGGACUCCUUCCUCCGGCAAAACGAUGGGCAGUUCACGGUGAUCCAGCUGGUGGGCAUGCUGCGAGGCAUCGCCGCCGGCAUGAAGUACCUGGCCGACAUGAACUACGUGCACCGGGACCUGGCUGCCCGCAACAUCCUGGUCAACAGCAACCUGGUCUGCAAAGUGUCCGACUUCGGCCUGUCCCGCUUCCUGGAGGAUGACACCUCGGAUCCCACCUACACCAGCGCGCUGGGUGGGAAGAUCCCAAUCCGGUGGACGGCGCCCGAAGCAAUUCAGUAUAGGAAAUUCACCUCAGCCAGCGACGUGUGGAGCUAUGGCAUAGUCAUGUGGGAGGUGAUGUCCUAUGGGGAGCGGCCCUACUGGGAUAUGACCAAUCAAGAUGUGAUAAAUGCGAUAGAGCAGGAUUAUCGGCUGCCCCCUCCCAUGGACUGCCCCAACGCCUUGCACCAGCUAAUGCUCGACUGUUGGCAGAAGGACCGGAACCACAGGCCCAAAUUCGGGCAGAUUGUCAACACGUUAGACAAAAUGAUCCGAAACCCCAAUAGCCUGAAAGCCAUGGCACCCCUCUCCUCCGGGAUUAACCUCCCUUUACUGGACCGCACAAUCCCCGAUUACACCAGUUUCAACACAGUGGAUGAAUGGCUGGAUGCCAUCAAGAUGGGCCAGUACAAGGAGAACUUUGCCAGUGCCGGCUUUACCACCUUUGACGUGGUGUCACAGAUGACCAUGGAGGACAUUCUGCGAGUCGGGGUCACUUUAGCAGGCCAUCAGAAGAAAAUUCUGAACAGUAUCCAAGUGAUGCGAGCACAGAUGAAUCAGAUCCAAUCUGUGGAGGUUUGAUGUUCACACGUCCUCACACUCCUCUUCCUCAAGGCCCUUCUCCCCUUUGCCCCUGUACGCCCAAGCUCCAGUGCUUGAGUGUUCUGCAUUCACCAGAGACAGGCAGCUGCUCUAAGGAUCGUGGCAACAGGAAGAAACAUCCUGACAACAAAAAGUUGCCAAGAGCUUCUAGAAUUUAAGCAAUGGAAAAAAGGGAACAAGGAAGACAAAUAUUUUGGGAAAACUAUGAAAUAUUUUUUAAAAAUAAUAAUAAUAAAGCAAUGGCAUUUUCGAAAAGGGCUCUGAGAUCCACAGGAGUCUCCAAAGGGAGAUAAAAGAGCAGAUCCUUUCAUUUCCUUCUUGCACAAGGCUGCUUCAGCAGGCUCAGACGCCUCUGGAGCAAAGAGACUUUGUCAAGGAGAUGAAAGCCAAGUGAAGACAUGGGAAGCGCUCCUCCUUUUCUCCCUUGGGAUGGUGACUCUGGGGACAUCCUGCAGCCAGCAGUCAUCCCCGAAAGCCCCCAGCUGGCAAAUCACAGGGGGAGAGAGAGUUGAGAAGUUCUUGCCUUGUAAUGGACCAAGCGCAUCUGUAAAGUGGCAAACUUUUGCAAAGCUGAAGAUUUUUGUAAAAUAAACAAACUGAGACAAGAAGAGUCUUCUUUUUUUCUGCAGAUGAGAAGGAACAUUGAACCCAUUGGGAGUCGGGGAUGGGGAAACCAAUCCUUUUUAGAGCUCUUAUUUUCUCUUGACAUGGAACGGUUUAGUGAGUGACGUGUUUUCCAGGGGUCUGCCCAUCCAGCCCUCCAAUGGCAUCAUUGUCUCAUACAUAUCAUAUGCACAAGACUUUUAGUGAUCGCUUCACUAGUUGCCAAUGACCUUUUCUCAGAAGACUUCCCAAGUACAGUAUGUAGUAGUUUUUGAUUACAAAUGCUGACGUGUCCAUUUAUUUUUCUGUUGUCGUUGUUUGGAGAUUUGUCCUUUGACCUUGUUUGUUUACAACUAUUUGUUCCUUGGGGGAUGAAUUUUGUUUUUUGGUUGGUUGGGUUUUUUUAUGAAAAGGAACUGACAUUUCCAGGCUUCGUAUCUCUUAAGAACUUAAACCUUCUCCCUGUGGAAGGAGAAUUGCAGCUUACCGACUAGACAAUAUGCCAAGGACAAGAUUUUUUAUAUUCACGUUUCCUCCUCUUUGCUCGUUUGUUAUUUUGUAAUUUCCAUUGCCUGACAGCUGUUUAUAAUUGCCGUGUGUCCGGCUGAAAUAACCACCUGCCCAGCUGGGGCUGCUGCUGCAGGGCUGGGCAGGGUUAUGGAGGGGUUUGUGGAUGGGGAAAGAAGGGUCAUUCCACAGGUCAUGAUCAGAGCCCUUUGGAGGUACAGGACUGCUUAGAGAGGUGAGAAACGAAGAGCUUUGCUGGUCCUACCAGCUGUGACAAAAGAAGAUGCGGUGCAUGCAGCAGAGAGAGGGAGGGGGAAUGCACUAGGGGCAGCAGCCAGUAUCCUGGCAUAAGGUUUCUCAGAGUAGGGACGCUGUCACAGGCCAGGUGGUAAAUCAUUCACUGUGAUACCUAACGCCAUGCACUCAGAUGUUCAGCCCCCUGCCUCAGGAGGUGCUUCAUGUGCCAAAGGUUUCAUUCUCAGCUGCCACAUCUGGGGGAGGCCAAAACAGCAAAAGCUGGUUGGCCAAGGGCGCCACAGCAGGCAGGUCCUUCCUCAGACCAAACCGGCCGACCAGUCAGUCAGGGGGUUUAUAAAGAACUGACAUAGAGGCUUUAGUUACGGAACAAACCCCCGGUAUGUGCACAUACCACUGGACAAAUCGUAGGCAGUGCAAGAGAGCAAACGCUUGGAUUUGCUCUUGUAGCUUUCAUCACCCUGUGUCCUGGGCAUGUGCAGUGUCACUCGGCAUUCCUCGGGCUGCACCCGGUGUCACCGUGUCAUUCGUACAGGAACACCUUUGCUGUGCAGUGGCACAGUGCCGUGAAGACGUGUUCACACGGAGCUGGUCUUGGUUAUUUUCCAGUGGCUAAAGCCAAAAGGGCAAAGCAUGUGCUGUGGAUAGAACCCUGUGUGCGGCUUACCCUUCUGCGCCAUGCAGGCUUGUACUGGAGUCUCUAUAAAAUUGUCAAGCCCUGUACAAAAUACUUAAUGUUUUCCCCUUAAGAUUUGACCGGGAGACAAAACAUGGGCUGGGAGACAGGUCCCAAUGAGCUUUGGGUCACCCCUCUGCUUAGCUCUGUUCUCUCGGGGGUGUUCGGGGCACAGCUACUGCAGGAGGAGCCAGAACUGCCAAGUCUGCCUCUCAAGGGUCUGUUCAUCUGAAAUGUGUCUAGAUACUGGGCCUGGUUUUUACAUGGUCUGACAGCCAAACGGUCACUGGAAUUCUGGGCCCCUCUGUAACUGGGCCGUGCUGUGGACCGGGGGCCAUAGUUCUCAGUGACCUCAGUGUCAAUUCAGAGCAGCCACUCGGAAAUGAAUGGCCCUGCUCCAGAUUUCCCUGAGAGCAGAAUUUGGCCCAAUCUCUGAUGAUUGGGGUGAGAAACAACCAAUGGAAGCAGACUGAAGGAACGCCAGGUGUUCUGUAGGCUCCUGGGGUUGUCAGCUGGCUGCACUGCGUUGUGACAUGCAGUCAAGUCAGUCUUUAUGUGUGUAUUCAACCGAGGUGUGUGUAAACCGGCCGUGUGCUUAACAAGCACCGUACCUGAUAACGGUGUGGUCUAGCUUUACAGGACUGGCACACAAGAGACAGUGGUGUCAGCUGGAGCAUUCCUAGUGUUUGCCAGGAGUGAGGGGGGGUACUGGGAAAAUGGAGGCCUCCCUACACAGUCUAUAAUAGAUGGGUGAGCAGAGCAGCAGCGAAGAGAAAUGCUUUCAUGCCGCAUCUCUCUCUUCCACUGCAAAUGCUACAUUUUAACAUGGGAGAGCUCCUCAGUGUCGCCCAAAGGUAUCGGACGAGGGUGCUCGUGCUGAGCCGUGUAGCCAUCGCCAGCCAGCUGCUUUGUGCACAAGGAAAGCUUCUGAGCGCGAGGAGAACUGCCUCUGUAGAAAAUCCACCAGCAAAUUCCAGUGGGGCAACCAUCUGGAAUGAUCCCAUGAUGCGCGUGCACUGUCUUUCCCAGACAGUGCUUGACUGUUCUGCACCACCCAUUACAUGCUUCCAUGAACUCAAUAGGAGUCGUGGCCACGCUGCAGCCCUCAGAGCCGGACAGGGCUCUGGGGAGACUUAUGAUCGUGUCCACUGGGCGACGUUCUGUCUUGAUGCACUAAACCUGCUCUUCACCAGCCAACGGGCGUUGCACACAUCUAACUGCCCAACCCCACCCACUGUGAAAGAAGGGAUUGUACAGAGCAGUGGAUGCCGUAGUUGGCUGCGGCAGCCACGUACAAGGCAGAAAGGUGCAGCUUCAUUUCUUCCUUGGACAAAAAUCACACACAGUGUCAGUCCAGGAAGUGCAUGUUUUCUAGUCUGUUAAUACCAGGCUUCACUGUGACAGCUUAUCUGGAACUAGCAGAGAAUGAGCCAGAAAUGCACCACUUCUCUCUGCAGCUCUCCAGCUCUUCCUGAGGACGUGAGGUGCCGCUGUCCAAUGGUCCUCACCCUCCCUUUGCCUGGUAAUGCUUCUGGAGUUAGGGUCUGCUCCCAGGAAAGCAGAGAGCCACUGGGGUGACUUCCAAACAAUUGCAUUUCAUGGGUGUAAAACAUACUAUUAUGAAACAUUCUUCUAGUGGCAAAAAUCAGCUUCAUACAGAGAGCAGGUAACGAGUGAAAAAGUAAUGUGGACACUGUGACACAAUGUGGGGUGUGUGUCUGUGUGUGUGUGUCUUUUAACAAUUUCAUCUUGCUGAGUUUGUCAGUCAGCUUGUUUCAAUUUUGGCUGUUCCCCUCCAGCCGUCCAGGCCAGCUUCCAGAUCUAGGGUUCUCUUCCUCCAGCUUCUCACAGUCCAUCUUCCGGCUGCUACAGCCCACCUUGCAUCAGUAAUAAUGGUGUCUGGCAGGAGAACUUAAGUUGGAAUUCCAAAGUUAUGUUGAAAAUAGCAAUAAAAAAGUCAAGCUAUGACCCA